AUGUCUCUCCGCGCAGCAGUAUACAUUGCACCACCAACUCCCUUCAAAACACCAGGCAAAGCAAACAACGCCGGUCUCUGGUCCCCUAUAUCCUGCACAUUAAUCUAUUCCUCAACCCACGCAGUCCUUGUAGAUACACCCAUCACCAUCAAUCAAACUAAGGACCUUAUCACCUGGAUCCGCCGAAUUGCGCCCAAUCGCAAACUCUCAUACAUUUACAUCACCCACGGCCACGGCGACCACUUCUUCGGCCUGCCCCUCCUGGUGAAAGAGUUUCCCGAUGCCAAGCCAGUUGCAACGGCUGGAACUGUCCAGCACAUGAAGCAACAGGUUGAAGAGAAGAAUUUUCGUUCCCAAUGGGACUCGAGGUUUCCUGGAGAGAUUGAGCAACCAUUUGUGCUGGCUGAGCCAUUGGACCCUGAGAAUAAAUUUACAAUCGGAAAGUGGGAGUUUCAUGCCGUGGAAGUAGGACACUCUGACACGUACGAUUCUACUGUCCUUUGGGUUCCUGAACUACGACUUGCUGUUUGUGGCGAUGUUGUGUACGGGCAGGUACACCAGAUGCUGUUUGAGGCGAAUACGCCGGCUAAACGGGCGGAAUGGAUCAGGGCGAUUGAGAAAGUCGAAGCGCUGGACCCGGUGCACGUAGUCCCGGGACAUUGUCAGGAAGGGGAACUUUUAGGGCGGUGGCACUUGGAUAACACGAAGGAGUAUAUUCGGGCGUUUGAGGAUGUUUUGAAGGGGAAGCCAACGUCUGCGAGGGAUAUUGUGAGUGCGAUGACGAAGAGGUAUCCGGAUAGGUACAAUGUUGGGGCGAUUAUUUUGGGUGCACAGGCGGCUGUUCAAGGAGAGAAGGCUAGGUUUUAA